GGAAAUGGGUUAGGUAAAUGUCUCUUCCUGAAAUGAAUGCGUUUUACCUGUACACGCAGCAUUUAUUCUCGACAUUUGAGUUGUCAGUCGUCUUUAUAGAUGAGUGGAGUGUUUUUUAAAUGAGCAGAUGCAGCAGGCUGGCCCUUCAUCUCCCAGCUGUUCCUCCACCUCUGACUGCUUCCCCCUCAGCCACCUCAACACAGCUGAAUGUGGAAGUGAGACUUCAGCUGAGCCAGAGAAACAAGAACCUACAGAUCUGUCCAGGAUGAGGUCCAUCGUGAGCUUCUACAUAUGCUACCUGCUGUGCCUGUGCCUUGGCCUGGCCUGCAUGGUGUGUGUGUGUUUGUGGAACAGCCGGUGGCGCGGCGGUUUCGCCUGGGACGGCUCGGCCAUUCAGUUCAACUGGCACCCUGUCCUGAUGGUAACAGGUCUGGUUGUGCUGUACGGCAACGGUGCUGUGUUGUACCGUGUCCCCAUGACCUGGGGUCAGAAUAAACUCCCCUGGAAGCUGCUGCAUGCUACACUGAUGCUCCUCGCCCUGGUCCUGUCAAUCGUGGGGCUUUGUGCUGUGUUUGACUACCACAAUGCCAAAAACAUUCCCAACCUCUACUCCUUGCACAGCUGGAUUGGAAUCGCUGCUACAGCUCUUUUUGCCAUACAGUGGGUGGUGGGUGCGGCUGGCUUCCUCCUGCCCUGCUCCCCCACAUCACUACGUAAACUCCUGAAACCCGUCCACGUUUGGAUGGGAGUCAGCAUACUGUCGCUCAGCAUCGCUGCCUGCAUCUCCGGAAUCAAUGAGAAACUCUUCUUUGUUCUCAAAGGAAACGCCGGUGGAGCUCAGCCAUAUGCUAACCUUCCACCUGAGGCUUUGUUAGGAAACUCGCUAGGAGUUUUGAUUGUAGCCUUCGGCUUGGUUGUCCUAAAGAUUUUGUCCAACCAUAAAUGGCAGCGACCAGAUUCCAGGCCUGAGGACAUGGUUUACACGCCAUUGCUUCAAGAAGAAAAUGAAUGAAUGAAGGAAAUUUCCAUAAUGCUCACUACAUCAAACCUGUCCAUGCAAAAUCAGUUCAACCAUCACAGAUGACAAGUGGCCUAAAAAGUUUAAAAGUUCUAUUUUGAAUGUACAAGCAGCUGUCUGAUCAGUGUGGGAAUGAUCUAUGUCUGCUGUGGAUGUAAAUACUUAUUUGAAAUUUUCCUUUCUUACAUUGUAUAAGUGCUCCCAUGAUGCACUGUGGCUUUUACAUCAUACACUAAAGCAGUAGUUAGGCCAAGGUAUUAACGUUUAUGGCAAUAUACUGUAGGAUUUACUAACUACAGUGUAUUUACUGAUGGUGAUGCUAUAAGGAUACUUUUAGCUAGCACACAUUUUGUCAAUAGCUGGAUCAAGUAUUAAAUUGGCUGUAAUGUGGCAACCUUUUCCUGUCACUUUAUUUAAAUGUCAGUUUCCAAACAGUCAGUCUUGUGAAGUUUAACAAUUCUUAUAUCCAGAAUCAUAGUGAUACAGUAUGUCUUUAUCAAUUUAAUAAAUAAAUUAAAAAUGGUUAUAUGCAUUAAAUGUAUGCAUUAUUAGUAAACCUUAUUGAUAAAUAUCAUGUAUUUUGUAUUGCCCAGCUGGUGCUUUCUGUUUUCAGGUUUCUGUUCUUUGGAUCUUGAGGUACAAGUUGAAGUGCAAGUUUCUUAAUGUAUUUUAUCAGAUUUGACAGCGUAAUUGUUUCAGGUGUUUUUCAUUUCACUCCUUUUUUUGAUUGGUUCUUCCAGCCUGUCACUCUAGUGUAAAGAUGUUGUUUGUAAGAUUCAGUUUCCUUAUCUUUUUCGACCAUAUCCCACAGCCUUCUUGAGCGUGUGGAACUUGCUCAGGAUCAUAACCAGUUCUCGUAAAUGUUGCCACAUGACCAAAGUUUUACACUUAGGUCACAUGAUGACACCUGAGCAAAUCUCAGUUGCUGAUUACAAGAUACAAGAUAGAUUUAUUAAUCGUUUUACAACAAAGGGUAGUAUAAUGAGUUUUUGUUUUGUAGUUCCCUUUAUGUUACUCAAAAAAAUAUAUACAUACAGUAGAUCAGUGAAUAAAUAAUAAGUCAUAGAAAUGAAAACUAUUUUACAUGGUGGAGUGCUGAGGAUGAACUUAUCAGUGUCACAGCCUGAGGGAAGAAGCUGCUCUGUAGUCUGGUGGUACGACAGCGGAUACGUCUGUAUCUCUUGCGAAACGGCAGCAGGGUGAACAGUCUGUGGCUGGGUGGGUGCUGUCUUUUAGUAUCCUUUGGGCCCUGUGCAGGCACCUCACCUAUACAUUAAAGCCAUGGGAUACAGUUGAAAGCUUGGGGAAAAGAUAAGUAAGGGAACCUUGAGUUUUAGAAUAUUUUACCACAGAUAUGUGUUCCUAAGGUUAGGGGUGUAGGACCGGGGGCACAAAGGGGACUGAGUAUGCAGGGCCCUCAUGUGAGGAGGACCCACAAAGAUACUAGAAUGAAUAGCCAUGGAUGCAGGGAGGGACCCAUCCAGAAUGCCUAUGUACAGGGUCCAGAAUUUUGUGCUACAUCCCUGCCUAAGGUGAAGAAUGAAUCUCCAAGCUAAAAAAUAUCAAAAUCUGUUUUUAUCUCAUAUUGUGAGUUCAAUGCCUGGCAUGAAACAAAUCUCACACAAAUCUGGAAAUUGAAAUGUUCUUAUCCCUCCUGAUUCUGUAUUCUACACAUCGUCCCAUAUAGAAUAAACAGCUGCUGAAAAAUA